AUGUCCGGAUCGGAAUUUCGUUUAUCAAAUAUUGAAAUAAUACCUAGUAGGGUUAUUAUAGAUUCAAUAAGUACCAUUAAUUUUACAUGUAUAAAUCAUGAAUCAAAUGAUAAACCAUUAAAAACAAGUUUAUCAAAAAUAAUUUCAUCUAAUGAAAUUGAAAUAAAUACUAAUAUAUUAAAUAAAACUGCAAUUAAUAUUCAACUUGAAGCAAAAAAUUACGUAGGAAUUUUCCAUUUAUUAUGCUAUAGUAAUGGCGAAAAAGCAAGUGGCACUCGUACUGAUGUUAUUGUCAAAGCUGCGCCAGGUGUGCUUCAACUUGUCGAGCGAUGUCGAGUCUAUGAUAAACAAUAUAUUAAAUGUCAGAUUCGAGCACCAACCAUAGCACGUGCUAUUCAAAAUGGUUAUCCACCUAAAUUUGAAUUUAAUGAAAUUAGUCAUUCUCCUGAUAAUUUAGCUUACGUAUCACGUGUUGAAUUUUUAGAACAAGAAAGUACAAAUGAAUAUUUGACAUUUAAAUGGAGACCAAUUACAGAUGGAAAAUUUCCACCUAGAGUUCGAAUGCAUAUGAAAGCAAUGUUACCUUAUUUUAAUGUAUCAUCUUAUUAUUUUGAUAUGACACCAGUUUUUCAAAUAACACCUAAAUUUACUUUACAACCAAUAUCAUCAAGUGAAAUUGAAAUUAAACUUUUAUCUACAUUUUCAUCAGUAUUUUGUGAAAAAAGUAUUAUACCAAAAUUAAAUCCAACUAUUAAUCAAACAUGGACAAUUGUCGAAACAAAACGAAAUACUACUUUAAUUGAUAAUCUUUUAUCUAAUACUCUCUAUCGUGUAUGUAUGAAAUGUCGACAAGUCUAUACUGAUCCAGAUGGUAUAGAAGAAUGUCAAGAAAGGAAAACAUUGAGUAAAUUCAAUUUUCUUUAUAAUCAAAAUUAUUUUAUCGUCAUUAUAAUUAUUUUAAUCUUAAUUUUAUGCAUUAUUAUUGGUCUUGUGUUUUAUUUUUCGAGAAAUCAACCAAGACAUGUAUACCGACCAGUUAAUAAUGGAAAUAAACGAACAAACGAUGAAGCAAAUUCAAAUCUAUAUAUAAACUCUAUUGAACAUAAAACAUCAUCAAAUGUUUCAAUAAGCGUCAGUAAUCCAGAUUCAGUACACUCAUCUACUCCAGAUGACGUGCCUGUUGAGGAUGAUUCGAUAGUUGAAAAGCAUAGCUAUGACUAUCUUCCUAUUGCAUCAAUGCAAGAAAUUAUAGAAAUGUGUUCUCCACCAAAAAUGUUAUCUCAAUCCGAAAAUUAA